AACUCGCUCGCGGGCUGAACCAUGUCCUUGAGCCCCAAACACUCAACGCCUUUCUCAGUGAGCGAUAUUUUGAGCCCGAUCGAGGAGACCUUCAAGAAGUUUGCAGCCAUGGAGAGCAGCGCGUGCCUGGCGUCUCCUCUGUACAGACAGACUCAGGUGUCUCAGGCGAACCUGCAGCAGCACAGCAUGAGCCAUAACACCUACCACAUGCCGCACUCGCAGUUCUCGCACAGCGCCAUGGGAGGAUACUGCAACGGGACUAUCGGCACCAUGGGAGACCUGCCGUCCUAUCAGGAGAGCAUGAGGAACGGCGCGACGGCCACGGCUUGGUACGGCUCGAACCCAGAGCCCAGGUACCCAACAAUCUCCAGGUUUAUGGGCCCCUCGGCGGGCAUGAACAUGGGAACAUUACCGGGCAUGGAUGCAAGUAAAUCUAUGGUGACUUUACACGCGGCGCCGCGGAGGAAACGGCGCGUGCUCUUCUCUCAGGCGCAGGUGUAUGAGCUGGAGCGCCGCUUUAAGCAGCAGAAGUAUCUGUCGGCGCCGGAGAGGGAACAUUUGGCCAGCAUGAUUCACCUGACCCCGACCCAGGUCAAGAUCUGGUUCCAGAAUCACAGGUAUAAAAUGAAACGCCAGGCGAAGGAUAAAGCGUCGCAGCCGCAGCAGCAGGACAGCGGAAGCCUGUGCGCGCAGCAGUCGCCGCGGCGCGUUGCAGUGCCGGUGUUGGUUAAAGACGGUAAACCGUGUCAGAACGGCUCCAGCACGCCGACGUCGGUCCAUCAGCAGGUGCAGAGCGUGCUGGGCAGCGAGACUUUAGCUUCGGCCGAGGAUCUGGAGGAGCUGUCGCCCAGUCCUCCUCUGAUGAACAGCCUCUCUCAGACUGACGCCGCGCUCAUCGAGUACACCAGCGGCAUGGGGAGCUCCAACCUGCUGUACGGCAGAACGUGGUGAUAUUUCCGCCGGCGAGC